GAAAAUGACAUAAACUGAACGGAUGAUGACAAACAUUUACGGUAUCCCCAACUGAUUUUCGGGAAUUGAAUAAAGGAUAUUCAAAACAAUACAAAGCUGAUCCACCACGUGUCAUAUUCUAAUUCGCCAAAAUAACAUAGACGUGUUAUAUCUUCAUCAUCAUCAUCAUCAUCGUCAUUUUCCAUCUUCAACUUCAUCGUCCCUUCUCUGCAUAUUCCUUCCCACACUUUCUUUCCUUCUUGCGUUGCGUGUCUAUGUAUGUAUGUAUGUAUCCUCUUUCACAUUAACACCAUACAUACAUACAUAAACACAUACACAUACAUCUUCUAACCGCUUUUAUAAUAUAUAUAUCUAUCUUUCUCCGCAUUUUUCUGAAUCCCUAGCUUGUUGCAAUUCGUUAAAAUUCCAGAUUCAAUCAUCAUGAGUACUCUAGUCAACAACGUUAACGGUUUCGUCAACGGUGUAGAUGCAAACGCCGAGAAACUCAUUAUCGAUACUGACCCUGGGAUCGAUGAUAGUAUGGCGAUUUUAAUGGCAUUUCGUUGUCCUGAAGUGGAGGUGGUGGGAUUGACAACUGUUUUUGGUAAUGCUGCUACUGAAGAUUCUACACGUAAUGCUUUGAAUUUGUGUGAGAUCGCAGGCCGUGGAAGUGUUCCUGUUGCAGAAGGAAGUACUGAGCCAUUGAAGGGUGGAAGGCCUCGAGUGGCUGAUUUUGUUCAUGGUAAAGAUGGAUUAGGGAAUAUAUUCCUACCUGAUCCUAAAGCUAGUAAAAUUGACAAAAGUGCUAGUGAGUUUUUAGUGGAGAAGGUUUCUGAAUAUCCUGGUGAAAUAACUGUUCUAGCACUUGGACCACUUACUAACAUAGCUCUAGCAAUCAAAAGAGAUUCUUCUUUUGCAAGCAAGGUGAAGAAAAUAGUUGUACUUGGUGGUUCAUUCUUUGCCUUGGGGAAUGUCAAUCCAGCUGCAGAAGCAAAUAUAUAUGGAGACCCAGAAGCAGCAGAUACUGUGUUUACCUCUGGGGCAGAUGUUGUUGUUGUUGGAAUAAACAUCACAACCCAAGUGCAAUUGACAGAUGCUGACCUCCUUGAACUGAAGGAAUCAAAAGGAAAGCAUGUAGCUCUUUUAAGUGAAAUGUGCAAAUUCUACAGAGAUUGGCAUGUAAAAUCUGACGGCGUCUAUGGAAUUUUCCUCCACGACCCUGUUAGUUUCGUGGCAGUUGUGCGUCCAGAUCUUUUCACAUACAAGAAGGGGGUAGUGAGGGUAGAGACACAAGGUGUUUGUGUUGGACAUACACUUCUAGACCAAGGACUGAAAAGAUGGAAUACAAGCAACCCAUGGACAGGUUAUUCUCCUAUUUCAGUUGCUUGGACUGUGAAUGUUGAGGGAGUUCUUAGUUACAUUAAGGAGCUGUUGAUGAAACCCUGAAGUACAGGCAUUGUUACAUGUCAAAGCUUUGGAAAAAUUUAUGUAUAAGGCCAUUCAAUUUAUUUCACUAAUUAUCAACUAGAACUUUGGGUAUCAAGGGCAUUUAAUUGUUUCCUGAUCUUCAGGCCUGUGACUAUGACCAUAAGUCCUUAUCCCAUUCAAUCUAAAAGUUCAUGUACCAAUAAAUUUCUCUUUGCAUGCAGAUGUAAUUUCUUUACGAUUUCACUGCUUUGUGAAAUACUAA